AUGGAGAAUAAUUGGAUACCUACUAGAGGAUGGAGGUUUGAUCCGAGUGAUAAUGACAUACUAAAUAUCCUGGAAAACUACGUAACAGGACGAGCCAAUCCGCCUCAAGCUACCUUCAACUUUGCAAAUUUUUAUGGCGAUAUAACAAAUCCAUCAGCGGGUGCAGUCGGAGACCCUGCAAAUCCAACAAUCAAAUACUUUGUGACUACUGUAAAGGAUAAAAUAUCAGUAUCAUCAUCAUUGGGAUUCUAUUGGAAAAGAGACAACCAACUUAUAGGCAUUAUUAAUGAAGUUACGGGUGAAAACAGAGGUUUUAAGAAGUCGAUCAAGUUGUUUCAGAAGGGCGUGGAUUCAGAUAAACUCGUGUGGAUAAUGACGGAGUACUCUUUGAAUUCGAAUACACCAGGAGUUGAAGAAGAAGAUUUCAAAAAUGAAGUCAUAUGUCGAGUAAGGAGAAUUCUAACUAGCAAUCCUAAGGCCAGGCCCAACAACAGCAAGAAGCCCAAGCCCAGCAACAACAAGAGGAGGAACAUGAAGCUAGCUGACAUUGACUUACAACUAAAGUUGUGA